GCUAAGGGGCUGUGUCUGGUUGUGAUCGGGUUCCCCUGAUGGGGCGGUUCGUUGAGCGCGGUGCAGAGCGGUGAGGUAGGUUUCGCGUCGGCGCGGUUCUUGGAGCUCGCAACGUUGCCGGUUUUCCGAGACGAUGGUUACCACGAGGAGCAGCCAGAGUCGAACGAAUCUUUCACAGUCAGUUUUUGCCUUUGAUAGGCGGCGGACGACGCUAGACGUGUCGCGAUGCACGAGUGUGUCAUGUGACAUACGAAACAACAGUAGAACCUUUGCGUUGCUGCUGCAAAGUUUGACAGGGCCGGCACGUAGAAACAGAUACAGUAACUACACGCGAAGAAAUAGAAAAAGAAAAAAAAAAAAAGAAAAGAAAAAAGAAAACGCAACGGAAAACAGCGUGUUAUGUGUGUGUGUGUGUGUGUGCGUGCGUGCGUGUGUGCGUGUAUGUGUGGCUCGUUUGAAUGUGUUAUCCAUUUAUAUGCGUAGCUGGGCGCGCGCGAGUGUUUCCAUAGCUGUAUAGUUAGCUGUGUGCAACGGUUAUUGUAUGCUGGCGGAUUACCUUCCCGUCCAAUUUCGGAACUCUGCAAGUCGUUCCAUUAGAGCGCGCACAAUUAUGUUACCGGCUCGACACGGCAAUAGCAGCAACACCACUGCCGCCACCAUCAACAAAUCCAGUAAUUUCAGUAUCUCCAUAAGACACUGGGCCGGAUUUUUUGCGAACGGUUAAGGAUACACUACCAGUUAGCUCGUCGCUAUCUCAGAGCCGAGACACUCGGUGCUUCGUGGCUUGUCCAUGAUCCUCGCUUAGGUACGUAACACAAUAGAGAACAUACAAAUAGAGAAAGAAAAGAGAAAAGAGCAGAGAGAACAAUCUAAAAAGAAAGGAACGAAUAAUAUCAUGUAUGUAAUAAACACGUUUCAUAUAUUUUUGCAAAAGCAUGUGUAACGCGUGCGGAAAUCUCGUAAAGAAAUGACAAUGUACGCUUUUACGUUAACAGACCUCCUUCUCUUCUUGAGAAACUAUAAAUAAUAAUCAUUGAACGUGUAUAUCCGCUAUUACUUGCCGAUUCGAAAAUAACGCAGAAUUUUAAACGAGUUUAACAGAAGAGCAUUAAAGUCGAUCGAUUGGUAAAACUUUGGAUUUCGCGAAGAUACAUCAGGACAUGGGAAUUCUUGGUUGUAUGCGUGGAAAUCGUCAUAUUACAGGUCAUAGGAAUGAGGGAGCGAGUUUUCACGUGGGACUCGUGGUGGUGGUUAAUAGUCCUUCUCAUUGCGGUGCACGUUACGGAUACGCAGGACGCAACGUUCGUUACGGAAAAAGCGUCGCCGUCCUCGCGUGUAGAAUGUGCCACGGGUUGCGAGUGCUUGGACAAUGGAAAAAGCCUACUGUGCCGGGAACGAAACUUCCUUGGACUCGGUCUGUCCAGGCAAGUCACCAAUGUCGUGUUGAGAAACGUCGGAGCCGCUACCAUACCCGUUUCCGCCCUCGAGCCAGCGAUUCGUCUCAAGAGUCUCGCCUGGACUUCGAGUGGAAUCGAGAGGAUAGAACCUGGCGCAUUCCUCGCGACAACGUUCCUCGCGCGUCUCAACUUAGGUGACAAUAGGCUGACGGAAUUACCGUCAGACGUCUUCCAUCCGCUGCAACAACUACAGUACCUGAAUCUCACCGGAAACCGGUUGACCACACUCCCGCGAGCAUCAUUCCAGGGUUUAGAUUGGCUCGAGGAAAUCGACUUGUCACGCAAUCGACUCUCAGUACUUCCCUAUCAAGUGUUCGCUUUAUCCAAGUCUUUGGCACGGUUGGAUCUUUCCGGUAAUUUGUUGGUAUCCUUGCCGGAUCACAGUUUCAGGCCCAACAAAAAUCUCCAGGAACUCGUCCUGUCCGCCAACAGACUCACCAAACUUCCACCCCGUUUAUUUUCCGGCUUGAAUCAAUUGAAGAUCUUGGAGCUGGCCGAUAACGAGAUCGAUAUAGUUCCGCGCGGCCUGUUCGCCGAUCUCGUAUCGUUGCAGCACCUCGAUCUUUCUGGGAAUCCUAUCACGCGUUUGACAAGCAUCACGUUCCACAGCCUGUCCAAUUUAAGAUGGCUCAGCUUGAAGAAUCUACCGGUCACGGUGCUUCCAUACGAUGUAUGGAGACCAGUGAGGAAACUACGCACUCUAUUGCUUUCCGGAACAAGACUGGAGGCCCUUCGUAACGAAGACUUGAAAGGAUUAGAUAAAUUAGAGACAUUGGAAGUGAAUAACAGCCCGUUACGCGAGAUCUCUCGAUGUACCCUGGAUCGUACACCGGCACUACGUAAAAUCGAUCUACGCGAUAGCAAUUUGACCUUCCUACCGGCGAACGUGGCACAGCUAUCGUUUCUGAGCGAGCUACAGCUGCAAGGGAACCCAUGGGCCUGCGAUUGCCGUAUGUUCUGGUUCGUAAAGUGGGCCGAAAGCAAGGAGCACCUGCGAACCGUUUUUCAGAGUGGAUUUCGCUGCGGCGACGAAAUCGACGGUACUGCCGAUAUCCUUCAAACCCUUCGUUACUUGAAAUGCGCACCGCCAAAUCUGAUAUACGCUACGCCCACGCAGCAACAUCUUUUAUUAAAUCCUGUGCUACUCGAAUGUGAAUUCAAUGGCAAUCCCACACCGUCAUUAACAUGGGUUACGCCGACGCUUCAGGUACUGCAUUGGAAUCCUGAUCCAGCAUUUCCCGACGCUUUUGUCGAACAUCCUUCCGUACACGGAUGGGAACAAAGUGUACCGUUUGUUGACGAUGGUCGCAUACGCAUCCUCGAGAAUGGAUCUUUGUACAUAGCGACGUUACUCAGGCAGGAUGUUGGACAAUACAAGUGUUACGCGGUGAAUCCGAUUGCCAAUGCCACCACCUAUAUUAGUUUGCAGAUGAAUCCAAUAACAUUAAACAGAAUCAGGAUCAUGAGCAUAUUGGUGGGCGCUGCCAGUGCGACGGCCUUUCUUCUCCUAACGCUUCUCUUGCAACUGCUUCGUUAUCUUUUGCUGAAAUGCGGCUGUCUAAACUGGUGUAUGUGCUGUGGACGGGUGGGUUCCACACCUAGAGCAAAGCAAAUUUACCAAAUGUUGGAUAAUAUCGAGCAAUACAAGAGUCAGCAACUCGAGAGACUACGCGAGAAUUACACUCAACAAGUGCAUAGAAUAAAAGAGAACUGUGCUCAACAAGUAGAAUGGAUUCGAGACAGCUACGAAGGUCAAAUGAGACACAUUAGAGACAUACGGGACUACGGAACGAGCCACCUUACGGCUCUCAGAGACCAGUAUUAUGAUCAGGUGAGGAAAGUACGGGAUUACUCGACGAGUCAGCUCAAUUGGGUGCGAGAAAACUAUGUCUUCCAGCGUAACAAGAUAAGAAAGUUCAGCGCCCAUCAGGUGCUAAGACUACGCGAGAGUUACAAGUAUCAGCAGCAAACACUGAACAAGGUACUAGAGAAUCUACCGAACUUGUAUUUCGAUAAUUGCCGGAGCGGCUCUUGCGGAAAGAGCGAUUCGAUGGUAUUUGAUACGAAAGACGAUGGACCGAUCCGUAUAGAUACUUACUUCAAGGCAAAGAUCGACGAUCUGGCGAACGGCGUUAGUUUGGAGGAUGUGAACAGCGAAUAUUACACGCCAACGGAACUUUCGUCGACCAGUCCUCAUGGAAAUGUAAUGGAGGGGAUCCAUAUAAACUACAUCGAGGAGAUGGGCCCACCGAUUCGAUUUGAUCCGUUGUACAAUGUAUCACCGCAUUCGAUAAUUCUGCACAGUAUCGACGAGGACGGAAGCUCACUGUCGGUGUACAAAGAUGCAGACAAUGCCAAGUCAGUUUUCAAAGGCUUGAGCAGCGAAGUCUUAGCCAAAGAGCCUAAAGAAACGCCAGAAAGUUUUGGUCUCCUUGCACCUAGCUCCAGUUUGCCUGACCUACCGCGUGAAACCAAACUUUAGACGAAUUUGACGACAAGUGUUAACACAAAAGGGUACUAACCUUUCUUUAUAUAGCAAGAUUACAAUUAAGACGAGAAUGUACUGCCACUGGAUCAUUAUGUGAGAAAAAUAUAAAGAAGUGCCUCUACAUCGGUAAGUGAGACUGUAUUCGCAAGAACGAACGGUGGUAUCUUUCUCUAUCGUGGGACUUCUUCAAAUCCGAUUGUUCUUUAUUCGUCUUUUAAAAUGUCUUUUUUGCUCCCUUAAAAAUACUUCAAAACAAAGAUAUACCUCGAUGAACGAUAAGAGAAGAACGCCUACGAGUAUCAAAGGCUGCGAGUGUCCCUUUGCCAACAUCGAUCAAGCCAAUGAUUGUGCGUGCGUGAGUGUCGUUUAAGGAGAACUAAAGAAAAGACAAGAAACAAAAAAAAAAAAAAAAAAAAAGAAGUCGCGGACAGUUGCCAAGGAUUUUUCUGUGAUUCGAUCGAUGACCUUGUAAUCUGUCCGCCCUUACACUUUGUGCUUUUUAUCAUUGUUGUUAUCACCGCUCGGCACAAACGAUAACAAUCGACGACCGUUAGACAAAGAAAACGCUGGAAAGAAACGCAAGAUGUCAUAGUGUUACUGCCAACCCUGCCGUAAGCCAAUUUCAAAAUAAAAAGCUAAAGCUCACAAAACAAAUUGAGAAAGCAAAAAAGGAAGAUAAAAGAAGGAAGAGACAGAACUGACGCGUGUAUAAACGGGUCCGUACUAAUUUUCGCCUAAUUGUCAAUUUCACCCGAAGGUCAACGAUUUUGAAGAAAUCGAUCGAUUCACUUUUAUUCUUCUGUAAAUAAAUGUGCGUGUGACUUUAUCAGUUUGCGGAGACGUGUGACUACAAUUUUUAUGAAAGAUUGAACUCAGUACCGGUAUACACGAUCGCUGAAGAUUAUUCGCUGAUCGAAGUCCGACGAAACCGAUACACUGUUUUUUAUUCCGUCUAGAUUACAUACUCUUCUUUCCUUUUUUCUUUUCGCUUUCUAUUUCGGAAAAUUCGAGUGUCCAGACAUUGGAACGCAUGUUAUCCUUUUCUUACUUUUCCAAUGUCCGCGGAUAUUUUAUCUCUUUAAACCUAUCCCCUAUUCGGUAAAAUACAAAUUGUUCGAAAUAUAGAAAUAUAUGAUAAUUUAACAGAAAAAAAAGAAUCUAUCUUUAUCGAGAACAACACAAAUACAUGUACUUAAUUAAAUAUCAUCAAUAACACAGUUGUACCAAUCGUUCCGAAAAGAAAAACUUUCGAGGAGUAUCAAAGAAGAUAAUAAGUGACAUUUCUAAAUUCUCUUAUCCAAUCAAGCUUCUGUUACCACGAUCCAACUGAUACAAACACGUACAAAAAAUUCUAGCAGAUCUAUAACGAAAAUAGCCUUUUCUUAAAUAUCAUACUCUAUAUUUUUAUAUUAUCUCGCGUCUCUCCUCUUUAAUGUGAAACGUGAACUGAAUUUUAAAUAUCUAAUUAAAUUAUACCGAGUUAACGAUUUUACCUCGAUUUUAAUUAUAAAGAGAUUAUAAAAAAUUUGAGGAUCCACAUUUCAGAUAUUUGAUUAUUCGGGUACACUAACUAAAGUGGUUACGACGAGAUAGAUCUCUAACCACAAGCGUUAGAUAGAAGAAUAUUCUAAUCACGAUAAUCAUAAUCAGCUCGAGAACGGCCCUAUUAUAGGCUUCGAACAUCAAUCAGACCACUCCUUUUUCUUCGUCUGCUUUUCUAUGUGCAAAAUCCAAACGAUAUCGAUCGCGGAAAAAAAAAAGAACCGAGCAUAGUUAGAUUCUCAUCAUUGGUACGAUGUUUUAAAUAAGCUUAUUAGAUAAUGCAUGUUCUAUGGGCUGUUGUACCUCCCUGACAAUGUUUUACUCUAAUUGGAGAAACUUGGAGAGAUAGAUCUGUAAUCUUUUGUAUAUCCAGAGAACCGUUCGUUAUUAUCUAUUCCGUGUCCCCUACUUUAUCUAUGUGAUUAAAGAAACAAAGAAAAGAAUAAUACAAUUAUAAAAUCUAUCAAUGUAUUUGAAAGUUAUAAAAAAUUAUUUUUUCAAUCGUAUAAACGAUUACCUCCUUUUUCGUACGCAUGCCAUAAAGUGGUUCGAACGUAUAUGUACAUCGAAUUAUUAAUUCUUGAGUCGUUAGGAAUAUGCAAAUCUUUUUCCCUUUUCUUUUUUUUUUUUUUUUUUUUUAGAAUAAAAUACGCUUAGUUUGAAACGGAAAGGUAGAAUUGAAUUUUUUCCCUGCCAUUAGAUACAAAAAGUGUCUAAAGGUCAUCCCAAUUAUUUUUUAAAUUCACACUAAAUUUAUCUUGCGUUGUAUUCUAAAGUGGAUUCAAUUGACUGUAUAUGAUCGCAAAUCAACCCUUCCAAAGGCACGGUAGUCAUAAAUUUGCCACCGUUUUCCGCGCCGAGAAGCGGUUCUCAAACGUUACAGUUUGACGCUGUACCGUUAAUUCAACCGAAGAAAUUAAUAUCACGCGUGCUAUUCAAUUUACUGAAUUUCACUUUAGAAUUUCUAACAGAACUGUGAUGAUAAAACUAUACGAUGCCGCAAAAGGGAAUUUCAUUCUGUUACCAGAGUUCUCUUGUACAAUAAUUUAUCAACUAAUAACAUUAGUAAAUCGACAAGUUACAAAUCGUGGAUUAUAAACGUCCUCCUUUACAAUUUCAUAAUUUUUGUUCGCAAACGAUAAUCGGAUAACUAUAAGAUAGGUUUUUCAAAUUCACUUGUAAAAUUCACGUUACUAUAAAAAUAUGUCGCUGUCGUACAAAGAUAUUUAUUAACAUUAGUAACUCGUAACUUGUCAAAUUUCACUGAUAAUAUUAGUUCAAUCGUGCAAAAUAAUCCAGGUUACUCCUUCCGAUACAAAACGACUUUCCUGUAACGAAUCACGUUCGAUAACUGAAAAGAUGAUCGGACGCGUAUACGUAAUCAAACUUGAUGUAUAUAUUGUAAGUUUAAUGCGUAGAAAAUGCUGCGCGCAUGCAAUCCCGUUUCUUAAGCGGUAGAACUCGCAGUUCGUGGUAAUAUAUGUACGUUGAAACGCAAGAGAUCCUGAUUUUCUUUCUUUUCAAAUCUUUUCCCUCUCUUCGGUGCGUUGAAUCGCCCCUCGCGGCCCCCACCACACGCGUUGCAUGCCGGCGAAACGAAUAAGACAACUAGCUAACGCAUGUAACGGUGCUCCGCCGUUAUUUUUGGAACGCUUCAGCGACUUGAAGGAGAUAAAAUUUUAUCAUCCCUCGAAAACCGGGACGCGACAGAACGCGGCAAAAAGUAUACAUCGCGGAAUACAAGGCAUCGUGCUCGAGCAAGAAACUGCUGCUACCGUGAAUGACGCUGCGGGAAAAUAGAUUCGAGUCGCGUCUCAUGCGUCUCGGAACGAAGGAAAGCAAACCGAUUAGGUGAUUGGUGUGGCCGACGUGGAUCUUAGCGGUGGUAUGGUAACGUGCCACACGCGAGUCGGUUUUUAAUUGCCCUUUCCGUAUACCGAUGCGCGCGUGCGCCGUCAUAUUAUAAUUACAUUACGUUUCAUAUGAAAAGUAUCGUGUCACUGGAAUCUCGUGGCAACGUUGUAAUAAACUUGUCAUCGUAACAUUUCGACAGUUUGUCACCUACGUUAUCUAGACAUUUUCGUUAUCAAAAAAAAACCGGUUUGAACGAAAUCUAGUUUACAUUAUACAUCGACGUAUAAUGUUAAUUUUUCAAGGCGAAGAUCAAUAUUCCUAUUAUUAAAAAGGCUUUUCCCGUAGAAAAUUUCAUCCAACUUCGAUAUUGUAUGUACAUGUUAAAAUUUCACUUGUUAUCUUCGAAUAAUUAUUCGCUAAAGCGCACGCGAUCAAAACCUGUACGAACGUACGUCAAAUAUAUCUGUAAGAUCGGGAAAUCGAAGAAAAGUUAGUUCUAUGCGAUGAAAGUCUGAAUGUUUCUCUUUUAAGCAAAAUGUCGUAAUACGAAAUAACGAAGACUUAAUUACGUGCUUUGAAGAUUUGCCCAAACGAAAUUACGUUAGGUACCGCUAAAAGUUGUUCCUUAAACGUUUAUUUUCGACGAUGGAAUCGGAAUUUAUACGUCGUAUCUAUCGAUCCAAGGAACUGAUCAUAGGAUUAUCCAUUAAUCGUUAAACACUAAUUAACGUUCUUAGAUAUACAAAUUAGGUGGCUACAGAUGUACUUCAUCAGAACAAUCACUCGUCAAAAAUAGGCUGUGGAAUACCACGAGAUGAUUCGUUCCACGAUACGUACUAUGUGUAGCAAAAUGAAAGAUAAUGUAAAUCGCGCGCGUGCACUAUAUUUUGUUAUAUUAAAUAUUCAAAUUGCGCGUAGUUUUUCAAUGAACAAAAGUUCCUGCUAUGAAAAUACGAUUUCGCGGUCUUUUGAGUGCUUUUGGUAGUUUGUAUCUUUUUUUGCAUUUUUUAUGCCUGCUACUAAAAACACGUGUUACGAAUGCCAAUAAGAAUUUGUGGAAUAUUUAUUUUUGGAAAAAUAACACUUGUAGAACAAAAAUUAGAACAUUUUCUUGAAAAAAAAAAAAAAAAGAAAAAAUUACUUCCACUCUCUUGUUCCUGUAUAUUUAUAUAUAUUCCUUCCUUUUUUACACUUAAAUCAAAGAAAUUACAAAUCACCAGGAAUAUAUAUAUAUAUUUUUUCAAUAUUAUGGAUUUCGUAACGAUAAAAUGCAAAGGAAGAAGUCCCAAAAAUGUUUCAACUGAUACAUAUCCCACUUCUUCCAUCGUAUAUCACGCGAUAGUCAGAGUUAUUGAAUUACUUUACAAUUCAAAUAAGUAGGUACCUGUGCCCCUGCAGAAUUUUUCAUUUUUCGCCUGAUAAAUAAUUUAGUUUUUUGUUACCAUCUUAAUGUUUGUUUUCAAUGACAACUUAAGUAGUUUUAACCAUAAGCUGAACAUGCAGCAUGAUCAAUAAACGAGAUUGUUUAUCAAAA